AUGUUCUGCACAUAUCCAGAGGAGAGUGCUAGCGAAGAGACGUACACUUCCAUCGAUUACUUCAUCCACAAUGGAAACCUUUUCAACAUAAUCGAGGACGUCUUGUCUGAGGAAGAAAUGAUGAACCUCUACGAUUCAGCAGACGAUCGCGAGUGUGAGAACAAGUUGGUUCUUCUGCUCGGCUUCGAUCACUUCGACUUUAUUCGUACUCUGCGCCAACAUCGACAUAUGGUUCUGUACUGUACCUUACUGAAACAAGCUCAAGAUGAAGAAAGAGUCAAGAUCGAAGAGGAAAUGAAAAUGAAACCUGAACUACAUCAUGUGCUUGCACAGCUUCUAGAAACAGAUGAGGCCGAUAUUGUUGAGACUGAGCGCGCUAAACGUGAAAAGACGGCCCAAAGGCGAGCAGCGGCUGCUGCUGGAGAAGAAGCUGUGGCUGCUGGUCAGUGGUUGGCUGCCAGAAAAGUACUCGAUCUCGAGGAUCUCACCUUCUCUCAAGGGAGUCAUCUAAUGAGCAACAAGAGAUGUGAACUGCCUGACGGAUCGUACAGGAAACAGAAGAAGAGUUAUGAGGAAAUUCAUGUACCCGCGUUGAAACCAAAGCCAUUUGCGGAAGGAGAAAAGUUAAUCGACAUAGGCGAGUUACCAAAGUGGUCGCGUCUUUGCGAGAGCGCUUUGAACACCGAUGAACACCUCCUUCUCUGCGCACCAACUGGAGCUGGUAAAACAAAUGUCGCAUUACUGGCGAUUCUCCGCGAGAUUGGAAAACAUUUAAAUGAAGAUGGAAGUGUGAAACUGGAUGAGUUCAAAUGUAUCUAUAUCGCUCCAAUGAAAUCACUUGUGCAAGAAAUGGUUGGAAACUUCACCAAGAGAUUGGCACCAUUUGGAAUUACUGUUGGAGAGAUGACUGGAGAUGCACAAAUGAGCAAAGAACAAUUCAUGGCAACACAAGUCAUUGUUUGUACCCCGGAAAAAUACGACAUAGUUUCAAGAAAGGGAGGUGAGCGCGCAUACAGUCAACUGGUACGGCUCGUAAUUAUCGAUGAAAUACAUUUGCUACAUGACGAUCGUGGGCCUGUCCUUGAAGCGAUUGUAGUCAGAACUCUUCGCCAGGUCGAACAGACACACGAUGACUGUCGCCUUGUUGGCUUGUCAGCUACUCUACCUAACUAUCAGGAUGUUGGAACUUUCCUACGCGUGAAGCCUGAGCACCUUUAUUAUUUCGAUAACAGUUAUCGACCUGUACCGCUAGAGCAGCAAUAUAUAGGAGUCACUGAGAAGAAAGCACUCAAACGGUUCCAAGCAAUGAACGAAGUGGUCUAUGACAAAAUCAUGGAGCACGCCGGUAAAAGUCAGGUGCUUAUUUUCGUCCACUCUCGAAAGGAGACAGCUAAAACAGCGAAGGCAAUUCGUGACGCUUGUCUCGAAAAGGAUACUCUCAGUGCUUUCAUGCGCGAAGGAAGUGCAAGUACAGAGAUUCUUAGAACUGAGGCUGAGCAAGUGAAAAAUCAUGAACUGAAAGAUCUGCUUCCAUAUGGCUUUGCCAUUCAUCAUGCUGGAAUGAACAGGCUUGACCGUACGCUUGUAGAAGAUCUAUUCGCCGACAAGCACAUUCAGGUGCUGUUUUCUACCGCCACUCUAGCGUGGGGAGUGAACUUGCCAGCGCAUACUGUAAUCAUCAAAGGUACUCAAAUAUACAACCCAGAGAAAGGAAGGUGGACCGAACUUGGUGCCCUAGAUGUUAUGCAGAUGCUUGGUCGCGCUGGUCGUCCACAGUAUGACUCUAAAGGAAAAGGAAUCCUCAUUACGAAUCACUCGUAUGAAUCAACAGGUUUGUGGAUAUACCUCCUGGCUUUGAUGUUUUCUCGUGCAAGGAUGGAAAGCCAGAUGAUAGCUCGGCUGCCGGAUAUGCUUAAUGCCGAAGUCGUUCUUGGUACAGUUAGCAGUGUCAGCGACGCCAUGUCGUGGCUAGGCUAUACCUACCUCUAUAUCCGAAUGUUGAAGUCUCCGAAAGCUGAUCCCUUGCUUGAACAACGUCGCGCGGAUCUUAUACACACAUCGUGCUUGCAACUUGACAAAGGCAACUUGGUGAAAUAUGACAAAAAGAGCGGGUUGAUCCAGGCAACUGAAUUAGGACGAAUUGCAUCUCAUUACUACUGCACGUAUGAGUCUAUGCAAACAUACAACCAACUUCUGAAACCAACGGCAACGGAGAUCGACUUGUUCCGCAUUUUCUCCUUAUCCAGUGAAUUUAAAAAUAUCAUGGUUCGAGAGGAAGAAAAGCUUGAGUUGCAAAAGCUAGCUGAACAUGUACCCAUACCAAUCAAGGAAAGCCUUGAUGAAAGCAGCGCAAAAACUAAUGUUCUUCUUCAGGCCUACAUUUCACAGUUGAAACUGGAUGGUUUUGCUCUGCAAUCCGACAUGGUGUUCAUUGCUCAAUCUGCGGGUCGCCUGUUUAGAGCUCUGUACGAAAUAGUCCUUUGGCGAGGAUGGGCUGCUUUGGCAUUGGUGCGUUGA